CCUCGAAAAUAAAAUUCGUAUAAAGAAAAAAAAAAAAAAAAAAAAAAACACAAACAAGGAAGAAAACACAUUUGGUUCAUGCUCUUUAUGAGGGUGAGAGCCUCUCUCGAUUCAGAUCACCAAUCCCCCUCGAGACCCUUUUGUUCAAUUCCAUCGAAACCCACGUCAAAUCCCACAAACCCAUCUCACAAUCUCACCUCCCAACAACGCUCGCUCUUUCUGUCUUUCACCGGCUGAGGAGAGAUAUGUGUGUGGAAACAUACAAGUGGACGUAAGGUUUCAUGUGUGCGUCAACAUGCAGUGUGUGAAUUGAUUGAUAAUUUCAAGAGAGGUGAGUUUUGGAGAUGUCGAAUCAGGUGGUGAAAGUCAAGAGGGAGACGAUUACAGCAUGCAUGACCUGCCCGCUGUGCGAUAAGCUGUUCAGAGAGGCCACCACCAUAUCUGAAUGUCUUCAUACGUUUUGCAGGAAGUGCAUAUAUGACAAGAUCACGGAAGAGGAAAUAGAGUACUGCCCAAUAUGCAAGACCGAUCUGGGUUGUGUUCCCUUGGAGAAAUUAAGGCCUGACCACAAUAUGCAAGAUGUAAGGGCCAAGAUUUUCCCUUUCAAAAGAAGAAAGGUAAGUGCACCUGAAACUAUGCCUUCAGCACUGCCGGCUAGAAGAAAGGAGAGAUCACUCUCGUCAUUGGUGGUCGGUACUCCCAGAGUGUCAUCAACCCAGGCGACCAUGACUGGAAGGAGAACUAAAGCAGUUGCAAGAAAGGCUUCUACUUUACAAGGAUCUAGUUUUUUGGUUGAGAGGUCCGUUAAUAAAGAGGACGGAUCUGGGGAAGAUCAUGCAGAGAGCCAAAGCUCCCCGGAGGGCUCAGAUAAGUCUGGUCAAAAUGCGAGGCCGAGUUCGUUUUCUGCCGAACCCAGCGAACCUGUAUCCAAUAAAGAAUCUGAGAAUGGUGCUGAAUCAUGGGAUGGGAAGUUAGACCUUUGGAAACCUCUAAAUUGUUUGGUGGAAGUUGCAAAUCGGACCAAGUCUCUCAAACCCAAUUCACAAGGGUCUGAAAGAGCAGAAGCGGCUGUCAUUCCCAAUGAAACUCAAGUUCGUAAAUUCAAGAAUAAAGAAAACAAACAGAAAUCAAAAGUUGAGGAUGAAAAGAAUAGCACUCAUCCUCCCUCUCCUGAAACAAUAAAACCUAAAAAGUUGCGUAGGGCUCGCCAAAAGAGGGAAGCUGUAGGAGAAUCAAGCGUUACGCCCCAAGCUGUUUUGGAUGCAGCCAGUGGAAAACUUGAAAGAAGAGUUGGUCCAAUUUGGUUCUCCCUAGUAGCUUCUGAAGAACAGGAAGGAGAAGAAUCCUUGCCUCAGAUUCCUACCAGUUAUUUAAGAAUAAAAGAUGGAAGUGUGCCUGUCUCAUUUAUCCAGAAGUACCUAAUGAGGAAGCUAGAUCUCACUAGUGAAACUGAGGUUGAGAUCAAAUGCAUGGGACAACCAGUGACCCCCACAUUGGAGAUGUAUAAUUUGGUUGACUUGUGGCUACAAACCGCAUCACCUACACAAAGAAUUCCAGCAUCCAUUGGUUCCUCUGCAAAGGAUUUUGUGAUGGUGCUCGGGUAUUCUCGAAAGAUUUCAAACUCCUAAGCGGCUUCAAUCUUUGUUUCCAUCAAGAUAUCGGGCAUGUGUCUUAUGAGUGUGUUGCAAUCACCAUCUACAGCAUAAUGCAGGGAUAGGGGGGACAAAUGAAUCCCUACAGAACCACUUGUCCAUGCUCCCCCUUGCAUAGUGCGGCAUGUUGUUGUUGUUGAAAAAUGGCCAUUGCCAUGAUUGUACCUCAUCAAAGAUUUUCCCUUUUAAGACAAGCGAGCCAUGGAAUACAGAACUUAAAUAAACUCGACUGUAUCAGUCGAUUCUGGGCUCAGUUUAUGUUUCUGUUCCAUUAGUUUAUUCAAUAUAUUAAUAAUAAUAAGUGGUUACUUGUAUAGUUG